CGGAGGCGUUUGUUGUGAUAGCAGCCUCUUCCGACGCGGCGGCGAGGCCAGAAGCGAGAGAGGGCGAGGAUGUCCCCAUGAGUUCUCCCGCGGAGGAUGUCCAUGAUCCUUUUCACAUGCGUGGUGCGGAUAAAGGACGGACUUCACCUCUCGGCCUCCAGUGACUUCCACCUAGACCCUCAUUUUUUGGAAUGCAGGAAGAGACUCAACAUCCUGUCCUCCGUCCUGACACAAUAUCCAGAACGGGGCACGGCCAAAGAACGUGAUCUCAGUAUACACUUCCACACCUCUGGAGGUGUCUCCUGUACCUGCAUUGCCGUCAGCAGUUAUCCAGCAGUGAUGGCUUUUUGUUUUCUGGAAGAGAUCCGGUCUAAAUUUGCCAUGUCCUACAAUGCCACCUGUGUCAGCCUGGCUUCCAGGCCGUACGCUUUCCUUGAAUUCGACCGUGUCAUCCAGAAAACCCAAAACCAGUUUAAUCACACCAACUGCGCUCAGCCAAAGUGCGACGUGGCCAAGAUGCAGGAGGACCUUCGCUUGCGACCCCCGGCCCUCGUCAGCUGGGAAGACAUGGAAUUGGUCAACGGGAUGGUGAACGGCCGGGCGGAAGCCCACCUCGAGACAGCUGCUGCUUGCCGGAUGCAACCCAUCUCUCCUUUGGGGAUUCUCUCCCUCAUCCUCAACAUCAUGUGCGGUGCGCUCAAUCUUAUUCGAGGGGUUCAUCUGGCAGAGUAUUCGUGGCAGGAAGAUCACCAAGGAAUUAUAAACGUCGUAGCAUUUCUGCUGCCUUUCAUGUCCUGCUUCGGUUUGUGUUACCUCUACCUGUUCUACACUUCCACCCGGAAGAUCAAAGUCUCUCUCCUUUUCGCGACGGUCUGUCUGUGCAACAUCUACCUGUACGGAUUACGAAACCACUGGCAGAUUCUCUUCCACGUCGCCGUGGCAUCCCUUUCUUCUCACCAGAUCCUAACCCGGCAGGUGGCCGAGAAACCGCCAGAUUUGGGGGUGUGAAAAAGGACACAAACCUCCCCCCACACACACACAUAUCCCAGAACGGGUUGUUUAAAAAAAAAAAAAAAAAACCCGUCUCAGUUUUGAGGGUGGUUAUUCCAAAGCAGCUCUGAGCAGAUUGACUCGUAAAUUUUGGGCUUUUUUUUUUCCCUUUCCGUCCUUGCUCAAAAUCAUACAUUUUAGCAAAAAAAAAAAGAAAGAAAAACACUAUUUUUUUGUUGUUGUUGUUGUUAGACUUGUGACAGGCAGCAAAGGAAAUAUCCGUCUAGAGGAAGGAAGCUUGCAAUCUUUCUGGAUUAAUUUGUUUAAUCCAAGAAAAGGCUGCGGGAUAUGCACGCGCUGAAGAAGACGUUCUCUGCUCUGGAUUCAAGUAGAAAUUCAGAGUUUUUGAGGCUGCCGUCUGGUUUUUCCGUCCGUUUUCUUCCACCCCCAAAGCGGAGAACAGUUUCCGAAAGCCACCUCCACCACUGAUAAUCUGGGAAAAUCAACCUGGAAAAAAAAAAAUCAGAUGCACUGAAUACUCCCAAAGUGUGACCUAAGCUUUCUCCAAACACGAGCAUUGGAACUUGGUUGCAACCAGCUUUGGGGGGGUUCCCGUCCAAAGUUUAAAGCACAAGAUCAUUCACCGAACAUUUGAGGGGUUGUUGUUUUUGUUUAUUUUUUAUAUGGCCAAAGAGGGCAAUUGCUGUCGUAAUGCAUAUAUAAUUUAUUAUUAUAUUAUUUGGGGGAGGAAUCGUUUGGGAAAUUGACUUUUGAAUCUCGUCUGAAUUACACUAAAUUGUAGAUAAAUGUAUUUUGUAUUAAGUUGGGGGUAGAGAAGGCAACAGCCUUUAAACUUCACUAAUGUGGGGGGGGGGGGGGGGAAGGUGCCUUCAGAUAAUAUCCUGUAAAAAUUUCCUGUACAUAUAGACUGUUCCUCGUUUUGAACCCAAAAAAAAACCAGCCUUGGCUACACGGUUUCAUCUUGAUACGGCAUUUUUGUACAAUUUUCUCAUGUAUCUGGAUUUUGGUCGAGUUUCUACAUACAGGUGCUCACGCAGAUAAUAAUAAGAAAAGUCUACUGCA